GAACAGCCUCCUCCCCCCCUUUCCGUGGCACGCGGCCGCGAGAGGACUGGCCUCCUCUCCUGAAGCCACGGCAACCCCCCGAACAAACCCCCAAUUACAACGACGCACCACCGCACCGCGCCCCAUCCCCGUCCCCAUCGCCACCGCUUUUAAAUCCCCACCGCAAACGGACCGAACGGCCGGCCUACCCACCCCCUGCCGCUCCCUGCCUAGGGUUUUGAGUCCCGCCCCCCCUCCGCCGCGCACCAUGGGCCCCGACGAUCUCCCCAAGGCCGCCGCCGCCGGUGCCGAGGAGGCCGCCCCGUUCUCCUUCAGCAUCUGGCCGCCGACGCAGCGGACGCGGGACGCCGUGGUGCGGCGCCUGGUGGACACGCUGGCCGGCGACACCCUCCUCUGCAAGCGCUACGGCGCCGUGCCGGCCGCCGACGCCGAGCCCGCCGCGCGGGCCAUCGAGGCCGAGGCCUUCGACGCCGCCGCCGUCACCGGCGGGGCCGCCGCCUCCGUCGAGGAGGGCAUCGAGGCGCUGCAGCUCUACUCCAAGGAGGUCAGCCGCCGCCUCCUCGACUUCGUCAAGUCCCGCUCCGCCGCCGCCAAGGCCGAGCCGCCGGCCGAGGAGGCGCUCGCCGUCAAGGAGGAGACCUCCGAGGCCUGAGCCCCGGACGAGAACCGUUCGUUUCGAUUAUGCUUCGAGAUAAAAUUCAUUUGCAUCUAGAGUUCGUGUGCGGCGUUGGCCUCUGCUUGGGAUGAGUUGCCUGUAGGUUGUUCGCGUGCCUGUGCUGUUAUUGUUCUUUCAGUAGCUGCUGGUUACCUUUUUUUUAGUGUGUUCGUUUAUUACUUCCGUUUGUAUCUGUGAACAAGAAUUAUCUUCACCUUGUCGUGGCAAUGAUCCAAGAUUUGACCGGAA